AUAGACAAUUUGUUUGAAGGAAGUGAUAUAAAAAAUACUACUUGCUACGUAAACAAAUACAUUAAGAACAAAAUAAUGCGGAAGUGAUUAUUACACAACUUAAGCUCACUCACUGUCAAUGGCGGAAGUGUUAAAAGGGACUUUUGUUUAUAAGAUAUAACAGUAACUAAAUAUUUGAAAACAAUGAAGCUGCUUACAUAUUUACUUAUCAUUUUGCACGAAAACAUGAUUGUUUUUGUUUUUGCUACACACGAUGAGAAUUAUUUGUGUUCAGAAAUGUCAACAUUUUCUUCUAACAGUAAUUGUGAAAAUGUGAAUGACACUUACACGUGUUAUGAGAAUAUUCCUGCUGAUAUUCCGCCCGUCUCUACACGAGUAGAUAUACGUUGUAUUGACCCGAUGUCAAUAACAAAUGAAACGUUCCGCGGAGGAGGAUGGGAACGCAUUACCUAUCUUAGGCUUUUUUCGAAUGGGAAGUCAUCAAACACCCUACUUAGAGGAAUAUUCACUGGAUUGAAGAAUCUGACGGCACUGCAUAUUAACAUACUCUCACUGGAAACAUGAGAUAAAGGAGUAUUUCACGGUUUGGAAAAUAUAACGAUUCUAAAUUUCGACGAUUGUUGGCAGCUUAAUUUUAAUGACUUUCUUGACAUUAUGGCAAAUGAAGAUGUUUUGCCGAAUCUGCAUUCGUUAUCUCUAAGAAAGACAUCGUCAGAAAACAAUUAUAACGUUAUACUGGCGGAACGAUUCUGGAAAAUGUUCAAACGGCCUGUAGUGUCAUUAGACAUUAGCGAAAUGAAAGUGAACAUAUAUGACUUCCGAAUUUUGGAUACCGACCAAAGCUUAGGCCGAACGCUUGAAUUUUUGAAUUUUUCAAGACUUUCCCAUUUUAACGGGUUUAAAAGCUUCAAACCCAAAUCACGAGCUCUUCAAAAUUUAAAGACAUUCGACUUUUCAGGAUUUUUCAAUGAGGGCCAUGCGGAAGAUGCUCUAUUUUUUGUAGUCCAGUGACCCGGUCAAUAAAAAAUCAGCAAAACAUGCGUAAUAUUUGGUAUAAUACUAAAUGGACUAAAUUCUUGGAAAAUGUCGACACUCUGUAUUUUGACCAGCUGUGUGGGGAUGCUGAUAAACCGCCCCCAUUUAUAGUUCAACAUAUAAAAAACGUGUCAUAUUGUUCUGAGGAAGGCCGCAGUGUUCUGCCAAACCUAAAACGGUUUUACUUCCGGAAAAAUAACAUCAGAGUAUUAGAUGCGGAAGUGCGUACUAACACGCUAGGCAGUCUGGUGUUCAUUGAUCUUUCAGAAAACGGACUUGAAUAUAUACAUCCUGUAAUAUUUCAAAACUUUCACUUAUUGAAUCAUUUGAUACUAUCCAAUAAUAGGUUAGGUCAAAUGCAGUUGAAUAAUGAAUCAGAUUUUGUUGAACUGUUUAGAUCUUUACGUUACCUUGAAAAUAUAAAGUUAGAUAAUAACGGAAUAAAUGCCAUUCCGCCACUAACAUUUGCUGGCAAUACAAGAUUAAUAACGCUUAACUUAGAGUACAAUAUGAUAACUGUACUAACCUGUUUUUUGGAAGAGGUUCCGAAUAUAAGGCACUUAAACCUAAGGAACAAUCGAAUAAAAAUAAUUCAGUCGUCCACAAUAGACUGUUUGACGAAAAUUCCUUUAGUAGAAGUGACAAUUGGUGGUAACGAACUGACUUGUAAAAAAUGUUCCGACUACUCAUCUGUCCAAAGUCUUUUAAAAGGUUAUAAAUUGAUAUCAGACUUCGAUGAAUUACAUUGUGAAACACAAACGCACGUUCAAGUAAAAGUAACAACAGAUCUGCUCACGUCCCUGAAAUUUGACUGUGAUCGUACAGCAAUUAUCGGAGCUACGGUGGCCAGCACAGUAGCUGUCAUUUCAGCAGUGUGUGUUGGAAUAUCUGUUUUUCUUUACAAAAGGAAAUUACAGCGAAAAGAAGACCGCAUGUUUCGAUGUGUUGAAAACUUAUACCGAGGCGAAGGAUUCGCGGUAUAUAUGAUUUAUAGCAGCGUUGACGAGGUUUUUGUGCGGAGUGCAGUUUUCUUGCCCUUGAAUGAGAAGUUGAAGCAAACGGUUGGUGUUGAGCGGGACUUGGUGUGCAUUGGUGAUGAACAGUUUAGAGAUGGUUGGAACAUCUACCGAGAAAUUUAUAGAUGUAUGGAACGAUCGAAUGUAGCGGUUGUAGUUGUUAGUGAAGGGUUUGCUAAUAGUGUUUUCUGUGAUCAGGAGCUGGAUAUUGCGAUGCAGCUUAAAAAGCCAGUGAUCUUGCUGUUAAAAGGCGACGUUGACAUAAACCAACACGCAGAACUCAUUCAGCUAUUGUAUCGAACAAAUGUGCGUAUUUUAUUCGGAUACGAAGGUAACGAACUGGUCCUGAAAACAACAUGGGAUAAAGUGUGUGAAUCUUUUCUGCAGAUGGGAUAGGCUUUAACUACAUACACGCCAUGGUUAAAUUCCGUCGUCCGAUUAUAUGUGCAGGAUUGAUAAUGCUCGUGCUAGCCUACACAACUGUUACAUAUGGUGUUAUACAACGAGUAUUAUAAUUAUGUAAUGUACUUGUUGGAAUGUUGUUUUUAAAUUGUAUAGUGCUUCAGCGAACUUAUGAGUGUAUGUAUGUGUGGGAACUGUUGUGAUUUCAGAACUUUAUAGCGAAAGUGCCUCACCGUUUAAGAGGAAUUACAUGAAUAAUGUAUUAACAAUUUAAUACUUGAUUUACAUACUUUGCUUCAGAUAAAAUAUCAUUUCUCUCACGGUUGCAAUUACAUUCACAUAAUAUUAUGCGUGUUACACAUUUGCAAACUCAAUAUAAACAGCGUUUUAUAUUA